UCCGGAACCCUAUUUGAACGGACCGAGUUGGGGAGUGAAUUAUCCGCGGACCUGUAACGUGUGUAAAGUAUAGUGUUUUCCAACAUAGAUUUGUGAAUUUUCAACCAUCCCAUCCCUUCAGCUGCAGAUGAUUUGACUUGGCUGGUGAACCCCCUGUAGGAUUUUUACACGAAUGGAGGAGGCUCCUCAAGGAUCUUUUGAAGAUGAACUGGAUUGGUGCAUUCGUAAACUGGAGACUGGUCUUCUCCGCCGAAAUCCAUCCCCAAAACAAGUAUCCGAUGCAGAGAAGGUGCUUCAGGUCCUGCGGUCUCGCAAAGCACCUUUUGUGAAGAAACGUUCGGUGAUGAACAGGGUUUUUGGAAACUACCGUCUUAAAAUGACUGAAGAGAGAAAGGCACAGGAAAAAGCAGCUGCUAAUCUCCCUGAUGCUCACAUCCAGGAGGGAACAUCUCAGGAUUCUCAGAGUGUGUGCUAUAGGAAGUGUUCAAAGGAUACACCGGCUAGCUCCAGCAGUUGGUUCCCAGUCUCUGAUAAUACCUUCAACUUCAAUUUCUGUGUAGAUGAGGUUGAUCAGGGUACAGACAGUGGGACAGAGGAUGCGGAAAACAAUCAGAAUGAGCACGUCACAGAUGGAGACAGUCAUGACGUCAAUCAAGCCAGCAUCAUAGUCCCCAAUGCAGCCUCGGGAUUCUCCUUCAAUUUCCAGAUUCUGGAUGAUGCUGCCUCCACUUUUGCGAACUUAGAGAUUGGAGGUCAGGGUUCUGUAGAGAAGACCUCUGCAGAGAACAUGACCACUGCUACUGAACCCAAUGCUGUAUCACAGAACCAUACAGAGUUACAGGCUGCUGUGAAUAAAACAGGGGCCUCUGUGACCUCUAGUAAUACUGUAAAACAUGAUGAGGCUAAGAAUGUGUCUGGAGAUUCUCCCAGCAAGAAAAAGAAGAAAAAAGGAUCUAAGGGAAAAGGCCUGACUGGGGAAGGACAAAAAGUUAGCAAAGCAGAGACGCCAAAUAAAGAAACCAGAGGAGCUGACUCUUCAAGUGAUGCUUCCCAGUCAGGGGGGCAUGAGCUGUCCAGAGAGUUGGACUGGUGCGUGGAGCAGCUCGAAAUCGGACUCCAGAGACAAAAAUCUACACCAAAACAGGUGGAAGAAGCUUUGCGAGCUAUCAAGACGCUGCGCAGUGAAAAGGCGGCUUUGGUUAAGAAACGCCAGGUAAUGCGCGCAAUGUUUGGAGAUUAUAGACGUAAGAUGGAAGAAGAGAGACAGAAGCAGCUCAAGCUGAUGCAGACUGCUGCUCAAUCUGCUCGGAUGAAGAAAGUUUCCACAGUUCAAAGACAAAAGACUAGCAAGGUUUUCCGCCAGAGCAUCCGUAAAACUUGUAAAAAUCCAAACACUGCUCCCGUUACCCUGGCCCUGGAUUCCCCGGCAGAGCCUGAGGCUACAUCUAGCCAACAAAUUUUUGUUUUCAGAUCAUCAGAUGAACCUUUCUGCUUUAAUUUUCAGUUAUAAACUUUUGUUUUACUUAGGAUUGUAUGCCCCCUCAUUCGAUGAUAGGAAUGUAA